UCUGCCGGGCGCAUCCGCCCGCACAACUUCUGGCCCAACGGAGCGGGCAGAGGCGGACUUGGGGUUGGUGUGUUUGUUUGUUUGAACUUCCUUGUCGCCACCUUCCCUCCCCCAACCUCCGCCCCCACCUCACCCCCCUCCCCAGCUUCUGGACGCGUUGACUGCAGCCGGGGGUGGGGGGGUGGGGGUAGGCAGUGUGUGGGGAGGGGAUCGGGAAGAGGUUAAAAAAAAAAAGAAAAAAAGAAGAAGAAGAAGAAGAACGAAAGAAAGAGAUCGCAGCAGGGGUGAAGGCAAAGGACGGGAAGCGAUUUUUGCGGACUCCGGAGUCGUCCCCGGCGCGCGCGAGAAUGGCGGCCCUUCCCGGCACAGUACCGAGGAUGAUGCGGCCGGCGCCCGGGCAGAACUACCCCCGCACCGGGUUUCCUCUGGAAGUGUCCACCCCGCUUGGCCAAGGCCGGGUCAAUCAGCUUGGUGGGGUCUUCAUCAAUGGGCGACCCCUGCCUAACCACAUCCGCCACAAGAUAGUGGAGAUGGCCCACCAUGGCAUUCGGCCCUGUGUCAUCUCCCGUCAGCUGCGCGUCUCCCACGGCUGCGUCUCCAAGAUUCUCUGCCGAUACCAGGAGACCGGGUCCAUCCGGCCUGGGGCCAUCGGAGGCAGCAAGCCCAGACAGGUGGCGACUCCGGAUGUGGAGAAAAAGAUAGAGGAGUACAAGAGGGAAAACCCGGGCAUGUUCAGCUGGGAGAUCCGAGACCGGCUGCUGAAGGACGGGCACUGUGACCGCAGCACCGUGCCCUCAGGUUUAGUGAGUUCGAUUAGCCGCGUGCUCAGAAUCAAGUUCGGGAAGAAAGAGGAGGAGGACGAGGCGGACAGGAAAGAAGACGACGGUGAGAAGAAAGCCAAGCACAGCAUCGAUGGCAUCCUGGGCGACAAAGGGAACCGGCUGGACGAGGGCUCCGACGUGGAGUCGGAACCGGACCUCCCUCUGAAGCGCAAGCAGCGCCGCAGUCGGACCACCUUCACGGCCGAGCAGCUGGAGGAGCUGGAGAAGGCCUUCGAGAGGACGCACUACCCGGACAUCUACACCCGCGAGGAGCUGGCACAGAGGACCAAGCUGACGGAGGCGCGCGUCCAGGUCUGGUUCAGUAACCGCCGUGCCCGUUGGCGUAAGCAGGCAGGAGCCAACCAGCUGGCAGCGUUCAACCACCUUCUGCCAGGGGGCUUCCCGCCCACCGGCAUGCCCACGCUGCCCCCCUACCAGCUGCCGGACUCCACCUACCCCACCACCACCAUUUCCCAAGAUGGGGGCAGCACUGUGCACCGGCCCCAGCCGCUCCCGCCGUCCACCAUGCACCAGGGGGGGCUGGCUGCGGCCGCCGCUGCCGCAGACACCAGCUCUGCCUACGGAACCCGCCACAGCUUCUCCAGCUACUCCGACAGCUUCAUGAACCCAGCGGCGCCCUCCAACCACAUGAACCCCGUCAGCAACGGCCUGUCCCCUCAGGUGAUGAGCAUUCUGAGCAACCCCAGCGCGGUGCCCCCACAGCCGCAGGCCGACUUCUCCAUCUCCCCGCUGCACGGCGGCCUGGACUCGGCCCCCUCCAUCUCGGCCAGCUGCAGCCAGCGGGCGGACUCCAUCAAGCCGGGGGACAGCCUGCCCACCUCCCAGUCCUACUGCCCGCCCACCUACAGCACCACUGGCUACAGCGUGGACCCCGUGGCUGGCUACCAGUACGGCCAGUACGGCCAGAGUGAGUGCCCGGCGCCCCAGCACCCCCCCACCCCGCCCCCUGCUUAUCUGUAGAGAGCUGUGAGGUGGGGGUGGGGUGCCCAUUUCACAGAUGAGGAAAUUGAGGUCCAGAAAGGAGGAGCAGCUGUCCUAAGAUGACCCCGAUCUGGGCCCCAG